AGACAUUCAUCAUCGACAAGACAUUAAUCGAAGAGAUUUCAUUGACAAUGGACUUGAAAACUGAAUUGCAAGGAGGAGUGAGUGUGAAAGAAGAGGAGGUUACAUUUAUAUCGUCUACGAACACCGCCGCAACCGCUGGUUCAUCGUCUUCGUCUUCUUCGCCGCGGCCGAGGGAAGGGUUGCAUGAGGUAGGUCCUCCGCCGUUCCUGACGAAAACCUUCGAUAUGGUGGAAGAUCCAGCGACUGAUUCGGUGGUUUCGUGGAGUAGAGGAAGGAAUAGUUUUGUUGUUUGGGAUUCUCAUAAGUUUUCCACUACUCUGCUUCCGAGGUAUUUUAAGCAUGGCAAUUUUUCUAGCUUCAUCCGUCAGCUCAAUACUUAUGGAUUUAGAAAAGUGGAUCCAGACAGGUGGGAAUUUGCAAAUGAAGGAUUUCUCGGAGGUCAAAGGCAUCUUCUAAAAACAAUCAGAAGAAGAAGAAACAUAUCCCAAUCCACUCAACAAAAGCAUGAUUUUGGCCCAUGUAUCGAAGUAGGUCAAUACGGAAUCGAGGAAGAACUCGAAGGACUCAAAAGAGACAGAAGCUUAUUAAUGGCAGAAAUCGUACGUCUAAGGCAACUUCAACAGCAUUCAAAAGACCAACUCAUAGCCAUGGAAAACAGAUUAAGAUCCACCGAAAGAAAACAACACAACACGAUGGGGUUUCUCGCAAAAGCAUUUUCAAAUCCCGAAUUCCUUCAAACAUACAUGGAUAAAUACGCACACAGGGAAAAAGAACACAUUGAAAUUGGUCGUAAAAGAAGGUUAACAAUGGUGCCAAGCUUUGAGAAUCUACAAGAAGUUGAUGAUGGUCUGGAUUCAUUUCCUGCGACCACUGUUGAAGAUGAAUCAAGCAGCGAUGUGGGAAAUCAAGAUGUUUCAAGCUUAUUGGAAGAUGAUUCGAAUUUAUGGGAAGAACUAUUGAAGAUUGAGAAACACCCUGAAGAUGUUCUUGAUGAUUUAGAUGGUCAACAACUUGAAUGGGAUGAGGAUUUGCAAGAAUUAGUGGAUCAAAUGGAGUAUUUAAGUAUCUCUGUGCUGAGAAGAUUGUGGAUUUGCAAGGAGGCCAAGCUGCUGGUUUCUUGGGCCAAAGAAACAAGGAACAGAAGUUGGAGGGGUAAAAUUAGAGCUGAAAGUGAAGUCUUGAAGUUUUUGUCCCAUACUUUUACCAUGAUGAGGGUUUUAGAGCCUCUUCCCUUCCUCCACCCUUGCACCUACGUUGCCACCUCUUUCCUUCGUCUUGCUGCUGUCUUCCUUCAUCAGGAUCUCCCCCAUUCUCGUCCUUGUUCUUUCUACAUCAUGACCGGCUAG